AUGCAAAACAAGUCCCCCAAACUAUAUCACGAUGAGGACGAAGAAGAAGAGAAGCCGGAGAAAGAAGAAAAGCAACAAUGCAAGACGAAGAUCAAUGACUUGACGGGGACUCGUCGGAAAGAGGAAAAACGAUCAAACACGCCAGAGAGAAAAGGACGGCGUCCAGGGACGGAAAAGGGAAGAGACAGAGAGGAAAGAAGAAGUAUAGGGAAUAAGACGGAGCGCGGAAGGGCCAGAAAACCAAAACAGAAAAUUAGAAAAAUAAUAACACCUAAUAAUUAA